AUGUCCAAAGAAACAGCCACCCGACCCACCAAGCUCUACUUCUCCAUCGUCUUCACCGUCAUCUUCUUCAUAUCCCUCAUCCUCCUAAUCUGCUGGCUCAGCCUGCGCCCGCACGAGCCCAAGUUCCACGUCCACAAUUUCUCGGUCCUCGGUCUGGCCGACCACGGGCUCGAAUCGGCCCGGUUCGUCUAUAACGUGUCGGUUCGAAACUCGAACCGACGCGUGGGAAUCUCCUAUGACACCCUGACGACGGCGAUUUAUCACAACGGACGGCCCAUUGGGAUUACGCCGUCGUUUAACUCGUUCGAUCAGGAGCCCAAGACCACGUUGUAUAUUAGCCACGUGCUGACUGGAGGGGCGAUCGCGGCGGCAGCGGGGAGUGGGGACACGUGGAAGGAGAUCGUUGGCGAUCGCGGGAGUGGGAAGGUUGAGUUUCAGUUGGAGCUGAGGACUAGCUUGAGGUAUGAGAGGACGAUGUGGGACCUGAGGCGGCACGGGGUUCGUGCCAAGUGUCAGGUUCCUGUUGGUGGAGAUGGUGCUCUGUUGGCGGGCUACGUGGGACAGGAGUGUCCUUCGUAG